AUGAGCUCAUCUCCAUCUACGGAGAGCGGUGAUGAGAUGGUGGAAAGCGGCCCAGAAGCCCUGGAUGAGGCCGAACCCGGGCCCAGCACGGAAAAUGUGGAGCUUUCAACCUACGUGGUCGACGAUCUGGAACAGAAGAUUCGCGAGAGCUUUAGGCCGCGAAAGUCGGAUGGCGGAGAAACGGUGCCCGACCCAAAGCUUCUCGUCGAACUGGAGCAAAAUGCGAAGGCAGUCGCAGCAAACUUCGAUGUGCUUUUACGUGAUUUACGGGGCCGCCUCCACGGGAUGUCGGAUGUGACUUUGGAAAGUGCACAAUGUUUUCGCGAUUCCAUAUCGAGCUCAUGUGAGGUAGCCGAUGCCAACAUUCGAGCCACAUAUGCGAUGAUCGCGAAAAGCGAAGAGGUCAGCGAAUCACUGCGUGGGGCCCAGAAACUCGCGACCCAAAUAAAAGAAAUGCGGCGGAUGGUGGAGACGUUCGAGAAGCUAUUCCAGGGAUCGCUA